AGCGCCGCUUUGCUCCGGGCGCCACAGUGUACCCAGUUUCCAUGGGGACUGAACAUGGCGCUGCGAGGUGAGACUCUGGAGAUAAAAGAUUAUCCUCAACCCCUCUGGAAGUCCUGUUCUUUCUGAAUGGCUGGUACUAUGCUACCUAUUUCCUGCUGGAGCUCCUUAUUUUCCUGUACAAAGGUCUCCUGCUGCCAUACCCAAAGGCCAACCUAGUCCUGGAUGUGGUGAUGCUGCUGCUUUAUCUGGGCAUUGAAGUAAUACGGUUGUUUUUUGGUACAAAGGGAAACCUUUGUCAGCGAAAGAUGCCCCUGGGCAUUAGUGUGGCCUUGACCUUCCCAUCUGCCAUGAUGGCUUCCUAUUACCUGCUGCUGCAGACCUAUGUGCUCCGCCUAGAAGCUAUCAUGAACAGUAUCUUGCUCUUCUUUUGUGGCUCAGAGCUGCUGCUUGAGAUACUCACGCUGGCCACCUUCUCCAGUAUGGACAGGAUCUGAAGUACAAGAAUUCUGGCUGGUAGUCCAUCAGGGUGACAACACAUAUCCAUCUGACCUGGGAAAGGUUUGUGUGGUUUUUCCUCAGCACAGACAUUUGGACAUUGAGCACAUACCUGAGGCCAGUGGCACCACCUUUAAAGCAGGAUCAUCAGCAGGAGACUCUUUCCUUUUGUUUUAGGGAGGGGCAAGGCUGUCUCCAUCUUGGUGUUUCUAACAACUUCCUAAUGACCUCAAGUUCUCUCUCUUUCGUGGUCAUGUGGCCAGAGCUCCUUGUGUGGACCGUCUAGUUUUGUUGGGCUUCCAGCAGCACCUGAGCCACAGCACCCUGUACACAUACCACAUCCGUCCUCAUGACCAGGGAAAGCCUCAUAAUGGUGGGCUCCUGGGCUGAUUCCCAUGUGUGUUCUUCACGACCCCCCCAAUCCUGCUCCGAGAGGGGGUGAUCCAGACCCAUUUAGUAGUUCAUAGUAGUAUUUUUCUAUUCUGAUCAUGAAGCAAACACAAAUUUUUUAAUAAAAAGUAUUUUCUAGUA